GUGGGGUGGUAAUUGACUCAUCUUGAUGCUAUGUUUGUUUCGUUCUUUCUCUUCUUCGUUUCUCUACUGAAAGACGACAGACAGCCAAAUAUCGGCAAAGCAUGGUUUACCUGACUGACUUAACGGCAGCAACUGUCCAAGAAUGGUUUGAACCAUAGAUGUGAGGGAUACUUGCUGGAUUGCUUACCUGCCAACUCAACUUUGUGGUUUCUGUCUCCCUAAUCAAAUAAGCAGCAACAGCAACAACAAGAACACCAACAUUAUCAUCACUAACAUCUGUGUCAUUAAUCUUUCCAUCAUCAACUUAUUCCAUGGCAAAGAUUCAGUUAGCCAUUAAUUAAUUAACGUAGUCAGUUAAGAAUUUGCAAACGUAUCCAACCCACAUCAGCACACAGAGGAACAAAUGAGAAAAUGUUGAGAUCAGAAAGAUUGUCAAGAAUUAAGUAAUUCAAUACCAGUAAUAUAUUGGGGGUCCUUCGACCAAAUUUUACCCAUUAUAUCAUAAAUAUUUGUCUGGAAAGCGUCAUUAACAGAAAUCAAUAUUAAAUGAUGAUGAUGUACGAGAUAUUGAAAGAUUUCUCUUCACCCAUGUUAUCAGUGGCUUUUAGAAAUGCAUGAAUAUCACAACAUCUCAUUCUCCUUUCAUUUUUCUUGUGGAAAUUUUUGAACUUGUAAACUAAAUGAGAAAUCUUUAUUUGUGAUAACAAAGAUGAUGAUAACGAUGAUGUGAUGAUGAGGAGGAUGAGUUCUUAAAAUUCAAUAUGGGAAUUGAGUUUGAAAUCCGGUGAUAAAUAAGAUUAAAGAAUUAAUAUUUAAAACAGAAAACAAACAAUGAUAAUUAUGUGAUUUAACAAACGGAAAAAAAUCUCACCAAAAGUAGCAAAUAAAGGAAAUAUUUUAUUUGUGUUUUUUUUAAAAUAUUAUUUUUGAUUGUGUUUCUGCAAAACUUGCAGAACUAAGAAGCUGCACAAAUCAAUAUGACUGAUCUCGUAUAUGCAGCAGAACAGGUGCAGCAGCUACUACGAUGUGCAAUUUGCUUGGACAGAUUCCGUCAGCCAAAAUUACUGCCAUGCCAACACACGUUCUGCGAGUCUCCUUGUCUCGAAGGUCUCGUCGACUAUUACACUCGUCGUAUAAAAUGUCCCGAGUGCCGUUUAGAGCACCGGGUCCCUAUAGCAGGUACUUCAGGGUUUCCAAACAACCUCACUAUCAUCAGUUUCCUUGAGCUUCCACAACAGCCAUCCACGGCCACCUCUCUCGACACUCCAUCCCUGGCACCUGCUGGUUCAGAUGUAGUCUCAUCGACCCCACAGCCAACACAAGUGCCAUCAACUCCUGUUGAUAGUACACCCAGUUCUUUAUCAUUGCCUGUUGAGCCGAGAGUACCCAGUAACCAUGCUAUGUGCUCAGAUUGUGGUCGGAUGACAGUAUUGAGCACAUGCUCCCACUGCACGGAACUGACAUGUGAAACCUGCAGACAUUCCCAUAUCUCAAAUCUAAAACAAGACAUGUCACGACAGCUUCAGCGCAUUCGGCGCCUUCUACCAAAUGUAUCGGAGUCCCUCACCUCCGUUGAACACCGUCGUGAGCAGCUGCAACGCAUGUGCAACUCAGUGAAUGAUACAGUUUCUGAGACAAUCGACAAUUAUAUGAGAGAACUGAAAGCUCGGCAUGACUACCUGUUGUCAGAAAUUGACACGUUCCACUACACAGAACUCAAUGCUCUACAAACUUACCAGGAAAAUCUGGAAAUGGAACUGACAACCAUUGCCAGCUUUUGUGAUAGCACUGAACCUCUUCUGACACAGAGGGAGGAUAUUGAAGCAUCAAACAUUGAUCUGCCAGAUAUAAAAAGACAAUUACAGGAACACAUUUCGACGCUGCAAAAUCAGUCAACUCUUGAACUGCCUUCAGCACGUCAGCUAACAUUACAAGCCGAUGGCAGUCAGCUAGGUCCAGCUAUUAACCAUUUUGGGGAGUUAAUGGUACUUCUUCACAGUAGCCCUAGCUCAUAUCUUCGAAAUUCAAUACUUGGACCAUCAGAUUCUAUAAGAGGCACCAACUUGAGAGAAUAUAAUGAAUCAAGAAGACAGAGCUUAUCUGGAAAUGGUUCUUCAAGAACAGCAAAUGAUAAUGCUAGCAGCAGUGCUUUGAGUUCAAAUUUAAGUGGAAGUUUGUUACAGGAAAGUUUGAAACCUGCAGCCACUCAAGCUUCAUCAAAUCCUCACAAUUCUUUUGAUAUUGCAUAUGGCGCAGCAGGUGCAACUGCUUCCAGUGCACCUCUGCAGAAUGCAGCUUUGGGACCAUCAGGAACUUCUACACUCAGAGAUCCAGCAAGUUUCUCAGAUAAUGUUUUUGAAAGAGACUCUAAGUAUUCAAAAGAAUCUCAAAGAAACCAAGGUGACUCUUCUUCAUCAAAAACUUCCUCAGGUUCUGAUGAAAACCGAGGCCGCUAUGGUAAGAAGCAAGAUACUUAUGGAGGAGCAAAAAGUAGAACCAGGACAGAAUAUUCUUCCACACCCCACGCCAAAAAUAGAAGCCUUUUUUCCAAUGAUGAUGAUGAUGAAUAUGAGGAUGAUGGAGGCAGACUUUUAGCUGAAAGAGAUCCAAUGGGUAUGAGACCACCAAGGGAUUCCCAUGGAUCACAAAACUCUCAUUACGAUAGAUAUGGAGCCUCAAAUGAGCUUGUGUUAUAUGAAGACAAUGCAUCUGCUCCUUUGCAGCGAAGAUCUUUGCCAAAUUCACCCAUUUUGGCCCAUAGGAAUAUGGAAAUGAAUCCAGUUGAUUUAAUAUUACCAGCUGCUCUUACAUGGCAUCCACGAUCAGAUAUUUCUUCCAGAUAUAAUGGUUUCCCAAGAAAUCCUGCUGGCUAUUAUAGUCAGAAUACACUACCGAUUACAUUUAACUGGAGAGAUCUUUGUGGGUACUCUGAACAAAUGCCUAGAGGCCAAAUCCUAGAUGCUCCUCCACAUGGGAACCACAAAGCAAUUUCUCAUUCACAGUCCAGACAUCCAGAUAUAGAGGAGAGUUCUUCUUCAACUGACAAUGGUGCAUCUGUCACAGCGUCUACAAGAAAGAGACGAUCUAUUCCCCAGUCAAGGUUUGAUAAUCAUGGUGUUGCAGACUCUUCUGAUGAUGAUGAUGGUGAUAACUCUGCUGGAACACCAGGACCAGGACAUAGGCAUUGCAAGUCAGCAAGUACACUGGUCACUCAAGCAAGGAACAACUAUAGAGCAAAAUCCCGAUCAUGGACACGGUUUGGUGAACAUGGCAAUGAAGAGUCUCAGUUUAUAUCCCCACGGGGUGUAGCAGCGAGUGAAGAUGAUGAAAUAUAUGUCUGUGACAGCAGUAACCAUCGAGUUGAAGUGUUUGAUAAUACCGGAAUCUUCCUGCAUUCUUUUGGAUCCUAUGGUCAAGGAAAUGGUCAGUUUGAUUGUGUAGCAGAUGUGGCAGUGAACCAAUUUGGCAACAUCGCUGUAACUGACCGAUACAACAAUCGUAUUCAACUUUUCGAUAGACAUGGAUGUUUCCAAUCUGUUAUUGGUUCUGCAGGCCAUGGUGAUGGAGAACUAAGCUACCCUUGGGGUAUAGCAUGGGAUAACAUGGGAUUCCUAUAUACCUGUGACAAAGACAACAAUAGAAUACAGGUUUUCCAGGCCAAUGGCAACUUUGUCCGUAACUUUGGUGGCCCCGGUCGAGGACAUCCAAGCAAGUUUGACUCACCAUAUUACUUGGCGGUCAGCCCAGACAGCCUCUUGUAUGUGUCUGACUGUAACAACCAUCGAAUCCAGGUUUUCAGUUUCUAUGGUGACUUCCUGUUCAGUUUUGGCCAUGAAGGUAGUAACAAUGGUCAGUUUAAAUAUCCAAAGGGAAUAUCCAUUGAUGAGCAGGGUUUUGUCUUAGUGGCAGACAGUGGAAAUAACCGGAUGCAGGUAUUCCGAGGCGAUGGAACAUUUUAUGCAAGCUUCGGCUCUGGAGGGGAUCAGGCUCAUAACUUCAAUGGCCCAGAAGGGGUGGCUGCGAUGAACAAUAGCUGUAUAGUUGUGACGGACCGAGACAACCACCGGGUACAGCUUUUUUAAACUGGACUUCAAGUAAAUGGGACUUUAUGGCACAUGACAUUGGGUUGGGUGGGAGUGGUGUCACAUGGGGGUGGGAAAGUAUUUGAUCAAAGUGGAUGUAACAUAUUUCUAUGAACACCCAGCGCACACUGACAUAUCAACACAAGUAAUUUCUACGACCAGGAUGUUUUCGGUUUUAAUUGGUCUCUUGGCAUGAAGAAAUCAACAGAAUGGUCUCUGCACGAGAAGUCUAUUGUCUCAAGCAGUCUCCGGGGCUUGGUUGUAUCAGCCAGGCAGACCAGAGGCAAUUGGGGAGCAAGUGAAAGCAAUGCACAUCAGAAGAUGCAGUUAGCAUGUGUGUGCAUGUAUAUAUAUAUAUAUA